UGAGAGGAAACGGCGGGUCUUGGAUACGUUGGACUUCGGUGGACGGCAGAAUCUGUUUAUUUUUAAAUUGACCCGCGUUAAGGAUUCCACUGGUCUGGCUGAUAAGCAACACGCCGAACACCCCGUCGACCCGCUCACCAUGUCAUCGGGGAUAAAAAUGACAACCAUAAAGUUUUCGAAGCAGACUGAUCUUGGAGUCUUGGCCUCCAAGAUCAAAAACAAGAUGCUCAAUAGUUCAUCUUUUUUUAAGAUCUCUUUGAAGACGAACAACAGGGCAUUAGCUGGUGCUCUGCAGGCCCAGAGAGAGAAGAGCAACAACCUGCAGAUGGAAAUUAUUGGCCUCCUGAAACAAGUGGAUGCUCUGUUAUUUGAAAGGGCUUCCAUGAGAUACAAGCAUAAGCAGUUGGUUCUUAUGGUAAAGGAACUCCGUAGCACCACCAUGCAUCAGUUAUGCAGUAUGGCUGACAUCCUAUCCUCAGAAGACGAUGACUGUAACAACCAACAAGACGAUGCAGAUGGUGGUGAUGUUGAGAAUAAAAGUCUAUUACCCUGCCAACCGCAACCCUUAACUGAGGCACAUCACUCACCAAUCAAAACACUGGUAGAUUUGACUAAUACUAUCGGUGGUGUACAAGGCCAGCCAUCAAACGAUAUGAAAAUCGAUAAAGAGGGGGAAAAUACUUCUGAUGAAGCUGUGCAGUUGGCCCGAUGGAGAACAACCAGUCAAACCAGUAGCUUGAGGGAGGAUGUGGAACAGUAUUCCAGGACUCAGCCCGGACGGGACAGUCACUCUAUGCUGCCUUCAUGCCCUCAAAACAGUCACACCCCUGCAGCUGUUGUUGCAUCUGAAAACAAACGAUUGAGCGUUUCUGUCGAUCUUCAGAAAAGCUCAGCCCAGGAGUUGACCACCGCCUCCAACAACAACAACACCACCACCACCUCCAACAACGAUAACGACCACAGAGGUGGACAGGAGGUGACUUUGCUCCUGAACACCACCAUGGAGAUGACCGUGAGGGAUGCCACUGAAAUAAUCAUCGUCGACACCAAGAAGAAAUCCCGAAACACAAACGAGCCUAAGAUUAAAGACCAAGCCGCACCAGUGGUAAAGGCAAAGAAGGAAAAGAAAAGAAACAAGAAACCAGGGAGGCCAGAAGACAGAGACUCUACAGAGUGCGGGUUAGUAGAAACCCAACAUGUGCACACUGCUGCUCUGCCACUAUCAGAGGAUCGUACAGAAGAGGCCUCUGGUACACAUAAGGUUGUGUCUCGCAUCCCCAGAUUUGGCAAGGCUAAAGCUUGUGACGGACCGAACACGAUACAGAAGAAACCUCAGAGUUACCCGAGUAUUGCCUUACCUGAGUAUAGCGGCUGUGACGUCGUAGAGCCUGACAGACACGUCCCCACAGUCAGGGAAGAUGCAAGAUGGUCACCCAAUCAUGUUUUUUCAGAGGACGGAAACGCUAAAAAGAAAUUAAGAAGGACUAAUGUCGCUUCAAAUCCACCAAGAGUAAUCAAAAGGAAAACCCCUAUCCCAUUAAUGAACCUCUCUAAUGCUGAAACACAAAGAACAUCUAAUGGCAAAACUACAGAGGAAGUAGACACCGCCUAUAGUGAUGCAUUCAGCGGCCAACUGCUGGAGAGUCAACAACUUCCUGUGGCCUCUAAUGACAACACACCUUUUGAGCUUGGGGGCGGGGACUUGGGUUUUCCAGAGGCUGGUUACCCUGAGAGCAAGGAUCUUAACUUUAACAGAGAACUCAGGAAGACUUUUGUGGUGACGAGGGAUGGGUCCCCGUGGGAAAACUUCUCACCAGAUAUCAGUACUGGAGCCAGCAUCCUGACGCCAUCUUCAGCAUCUCCGCGUGGGUCAGAAGGACAACAAGAUGCCUCAGUUGCAAGUUCACCGAGGCAGGUUUCGGAAGCCACUCUGCACAGGUUCUCCGGUCCUAAUUACUGUGACAAGGUAGAUGUUUCGGAUCAGACCCAUUUGCCACGCAAGCGUCCCUACGAGGAAGUUCAGGGGCACGAGGCCACCUGUUCCAAUGGGAUAAGAGCAGCAUGGAGUGAGCAAUCAGCAUGUCCUUUCAACGUCAGAAAGAAGAAAGUAGAGAAGAGUAGGCACCAACAGAGCUACAGCCCUCAAGGGUACGGGCCUCAAGAUCAGGAACUGCCACCUCACCAGGACGACACGCAAACAGGAAAGGUUGUUCUGGACGGUACACACAAAAAGUCAAUUUUGUCUCUCAGAACCAGCAGAGUAGCUGCUGGUACGUACAACGAGGAGUCGCCUCAACACAUCGCUGAGACGGUCGAUGUCUCUCCGGAUACUUGGGUUCCUAAAAGGCUCCCACCACCGUCCCGUUCCAAAAAGAGCAACAGUAAGAAGAUCUUUUCCACUUCCUCCGGCACAACAAGGAAAAACUUUGUGGCCUUCGACAACAAAAGGAUGUCAGAUGUCCUCGCGAGCGACGGGGGGAUGGACCAGUGUCUUACGAGCCUGCUGCUGGAUGAGAGGCCGCCAUGGGAGACCCCAGAUGUCAGCCUCAGGGCUCUGGAUAUGGAGGACCACUAUGUCCCUACUCCCAAGAAAGCCGUCUUGGCCACGGUGACGGGGUUGAAGGAGCCGCCGCCAAAUACAGUCAACACUUUCACAGACAGUGGAGAAGUCGGUGGCCGAACCAGAAGAACAAAGGCAUCUGUGAACUACAAGGAGCCCAGCAUAACAUGCAAAUUGAGGCGCGGAGACCGUCACACGGACACCGGUCUCCUGAUUGCUCCUAUUUAUAAGGAAAAAAAGAAGAAGAAACGGACCAAGAUGGCGAACAAGCAAAGACCAGAAAGCAGUCUUAGUUUAGGUUUUUUAGUAGAUGAAAGUGAAAACCCUGUUUGAUUUUCUGUGUAGUUCUUAUCUAAGUUGAGCGUUGACUGCAUUUCUCUGAAAAUAAUAGAUAAUCAACAAAUAAUACGAUGAAUGGAUAUUGUUCUUGCAAUUAAAGGCCCACUAUGCAACUUCGGGCA